AUGUCAAGUGUAUCAGAAGAAUUUUCAACUCCAAGCACUGAAGAAAUACCACCACUUGGUGGUAGCUUUUCAGAUUUGGAAUUAACAGAUUCAGACGUAAGAAACCAAAUUAAUAUAUCUAGCUUUACUCCGUCAUUAAACUCUUUUGAAGAUUUGAAUUUGGAUGAGGUAAAACUGGAAAUUACAGCCCGUGAGAGAGCCCAAUUGGUCGUGGAUUGCAUGUCGCAUGAUUUAAUGAGUUUACCAUCUUUAAAUCUGGAGUUUGCAACCAUCCAUUCUUGGAGGAAAGUGUUUUCAUACUUAUUUUCCAAUCAGACACUUUCCAAAACUUUCAUUGAUUCUACAUCAAAUGUCGUUGAUAUUGAUACUCGAUAUUUUUCCAACCAAUGUCGUAUCCAAUUCAUGAAUAGAUUGAGAUGUACGUCAAAAUUGAACCGAGUUGCCAUCUCAUCAUUCUCUGAUUUAUAUGAUUAUAUUUAUGACCCCAAGAAGAAUAAUCAAUAUCAAAUGGUUACAUACUAUUUCGAAGACUAUAGAGAAAUUCAAUCUAUCUCAAGUCCAUUAAGAAUAGGGGCAGAAAUGUCAAGAUUGAAGCUCUCUUACAAGGAAUUUUAUUCAUUUAUGAAAUCGAUUGAUAUUCUAUCUUUAUUUUCCUUGGAAAUGAAGUAUCCUAAUUUCAUUCUUAAACAAAAAUUUUAUCUUGUUUUAAAUGAAGCAUUUUCAAGGUACCAAAACGGUGAAGAAGUGACUUUGACCGAUUUGACAACUAACUUAAAUACACAUGUGUGGGAAUCAGCAUCCAAACGUGUUAUCAAUACAAGAUAUCGAUGUUUACAACCUCAAGUCAAGUACAAUCCUCGGUGUGUGAGUGUCGGACCAAAUGUAGAUAGUUUAGAAUUAUUUUUCAAAAAAGGUUUAUCAUUAAUAUCAGAAGGUCUUGGAGAAAAUGAAUUGAGAGAUAUUAGGACUUUUAUAAGUUGCAAAGUCUUGAUUGGGGAUGUUGUUAUAUUUGUUAAAAAUUCUGGUAAAGAUUCGAUUAUUAACAAUAGCUCACUAUUGGUUGAACUUAUAAGGAUUUGUGACACCACUAAACAAGUUAUAAUUGCAAGCAAGGAAUAUGAAGCUCUCACAUAUGGAAGAAUCUCGAUUGGAGCUCAAAAGGCGCAAGUCAAUUCUCACGCUUAUGUCUCUCCUGAGUUUCCUUUCAAUUUGCUCAGUGUGGGUGGUAAAGGUUAUGGGACGACUCCAACUAAGUUAUUCAAACUGAGAUUAUCAAAAACGUAUACCAUUGGACAUAAGAUUCCCCAUAUAAAUUAUUACAUUGCUGAUAGUUACUUUGUGAUGAAAGCUCCAUGGAUGGAAGUCACCAGAUCUUAG